CUCAGACCCAGUUUCCCUUUCUCGAAACAAUUAUACUUCAGACCAAAGACAAAGACAGAAGACAUCACCGAAGAAGAAGAAACAACCAAAAUGCUCCUCCUCCUCACCCCCCUCCUCACCUUCCUCCUGGUGGCCCUCACCGCCCACGCCUGCACCUACUGCCAAUGUGAAUUCGCCGAUGCGAGUCAUUGUUGCGUGUACUCGGACGCCAGUAUCGGCGAACUCGACUGCACGAGUAUCUGCGGCAACGCGCAUCGCGCCGACGGGGUGAGUAAUGCGGAUGGGACGGCGGGGACGGCGUGUAAUGCGGGAGGGAGGUAUGAGUGUAUUAGUGCGAUUACGGCGUUGGGGCGGACGGCGUGUUAUGUGGAGUAAUCCCCUGUCUCGGAGGAGGGUUUCGGUUGGUCGGGAUGGGU